AUGAGAGAAGCCAUCGACAAACUCACUAAAGACAAUGUAGAAACAGUGCCUCCAGAUCUGCUCACCCUCACCGGUGCAUGUGUGAAGCUGAGGAUGACGCAGCAGCUGCUGCUGCAUAGCGCCGAUGGUGGAGACGAUGGUGAGGCGUUGUGUGGGACUCUGACCGUGGCCGUUCACUCGGCCCGUGGACUGGAACAACCGGCCCGUGUGUACGUUUGCGUGGAAGUGGAUGGAUUUGACUUCUAUGAAAGACAAGCCCAGACCCACUCGUCCGUCCUCAGCUUCAGUCCACAGUGGGAGCAGGAGCUGUGUUUCCAGGUGGAUGGGGCUCAGAACCUCAGGCUGCUCUGCAUCAGUCAGUCGGACCGAGAUGAACGGGACCACACCGUCCUGGGAAAAACCAGUGUUAAGUUAGAUCCUAAAAGCCUCAGUAGGAGAUGGAGGCGACAGACUCUGAACCUCGGCCUCGUGGAGGUGAACGUGUCCCUGAAGUUCAUUCCACAUCCUCUGGACCCGCCGAGGUCCACGUCCCAGCAGCAGCUGGUCUUCAACGUCCCCAUCGAGACCGUGGCUCAACAGGAGGGGGGUCUGGUUCCUCAUGUGGUUCGAUGCUGCGUUGAGGAGGUGGAGACCAGAGGGAUGGAUGAGGUCGGCAUCUACAGGAUUUCAGGAACCGCCAGUGACAUCAGCACAUUGAAGAACGCAUUCAACAGCAAUCUUCGUGAAGCUGUCACUAGGCUGAGGAGCGCUGAGGUCAACGCAGUGUCCGGCGUCCUCAAACUGUACUUCAGAGAGCUACCGGAGCCGCUCAUACCCACCGGCCUGUUCCAGAGUCUGGCCAGGACCCUCGACAUCCAGGACAUGAACUCGAGACUCGUGUCCCUGUUGUCUCUGCUGCAGUCGUGUCCCGACGCCAACCGCCACACCUUCCUCUACCUCCUCCACCACCUCAAAAGAGUUUCUGAGAGGCAAGACGUCAACAAAAUGUCCCUGUUAAACCUGGCCACAGUGUUUGGACCAAGCCUCCUGCGCCCUCCGGUGGCUGGAGUGGGGAACGACGGCCCUGCUGUGGACAUCUCCCAGGAGGUGGUUGUACAGGUCCAGGUGGUUUUCUCAUACCUGCAGUGCAACAACCUCCCAGAGGCAAGGAUUUCUCUGCCACAUGACUCGGACACCGAAGAUGAGACCACCCACUUGUGAGACCACCAUAGGAGUCUAGACCUGAGGAAGACCCACAGAAGGACUGGAAGACCAUGAAGAUAUUUAUUAACGCUGAACAUGGAUUUUUUUGUAUUUUUCUAUCAUUUCACACUAAUGGCUUUUACGUCUCUAUGGUUUAAUAAAGCUGUUUUACACUGUAACGUAUACCUGGGUUGAAAAGCCAAAAAUUAUUCUAAAUAUUGUCAGAUCAGCUGAUACCAAUGAUAAUCACAAUGAGGACAUGUAGUCAAAGUUCAAUUUCUGGUCCUGUAGUUGGAACGGUGAAGAAAC